AUGUCAGCGUUUAUCUCUUGGUAUAAAUAUCAUUUGUUACGUAGACCAAUUCUCAUUCAAGCUAUUACAACUGGAAUUUUAUUUAGCACUGGCGAUAUUAUAGCACAAGGUUUGAUAGAACAAAAAGGACAUAAAGAAUACGAUUUUUCAAGGACCCUGAGACUUGCCAGUUUUGGUACACUAAUUGCUGGACCAGCAGGUGCAACAUGGUAUAGGAUUCUUGAUAAAUAUGUUGAUCUUAAAAAACCAUUUCUCGAAUUGGGAUCAUCCGGCCGUUCAGAUCCAUACUUAAUAAACAUAGAACGUCAUCAAUUUAAAAAUAGUGAUGAUGUUUUUUUUGUUAAAAAUAGUGAUAUUAUUUGUUCAAAAACCAAAUAUUGUCAUUUCACCAUUGUAUAUCUUAAUUAUGGCGCCACAUAUAAUCUUCAAGAAAAUGAUGUCUAA